AUGGCACCACCAACAGGCAUAAACCGAACCCACGCAAUCCAAAUCGACGAAACCGACUCCGAACCCGACUCCGAAGACGGCGGUAUCAGCAUCCCCCUAGAAGAAGACAGCAUGCAACUCGACUCCCCAGCCUCACCAGAAGAAGAAGAAGAAGAAGACUCCGACCCAACCCCAGGCUCCUUCCUCCAACUCGCCGGCGGCGAGAUCGAUUUCAUCGACUACGGCGCCGAGGGCAUGGGCGAUGGAAGAGACUUUCUCACUACGGCCCCGCACCCCGAUGUGCGUCCCGUGCCGGGCUUACCUGCUGGCGAUAUCGCGCGCCAUCGGGCUCGCACACGGACGCGGGAGGAGGAACAUGCUGCGCUUUGCGUGUUGGAUGAUUGGGAACUUACGAUGACGCAUGCGCUUAAUUCUAGACGGACGAUUCCUCAAACGAGACGGCGGUUUCAGGCGAAGAUGCUGGCACCGACGAAUUCGAAGCUGGAGGAUGAUCUUUAUGGGGCGCGGUUUACGGUGCCGGAGAUGCAGACUGAGUUUGUUCCUGCUGUUACGGCGCCGGGUCGGCGUGGUGUGAAGCAGGUUACGACUGGGCUGGGGACUGGGACUGCGUUUUUGGUGCCCGGGGCGUGGAAGGAGGUUGUUAGUCAUGAGGAGGGGUCUUGGUGGCCGGAGGGGAGGGCGAGACAGCAGGUUGGGGGUGUGGGGUCUGGGAGGAAGAGGAAGAGUCUUGUUGCUGGUGGGAGUCGGUCUGGCUCGUGGUCGGCUUCGGGGUCUGGGGCUAGUUCGAGGGUUGUUUCUAGGGGUGGGUCUAGGGCUGCGUCGAGGGGGUUGGAUUAG